AACAAUUGCUGUUAGCGAAGUAAUAAAUAACAGUUUGGCAGAUGUAAUAAUGCUUCAAGAAGUUGUUGAUGAAAGUUUGACUGUCCUUCAAGCUCUCUGUCCUAGUGUAAAAAAUAAAUCAUGAUGGAUAUCCCUCCGAUUCAUGUUUGCAAUGCUUUGUCAGAAAAGAAUGAAGUUUUGCAGCAAAAGUAUUCUAAAUUGACAAGAAAAUACAAAGAGUUGGAGAAACAGAUGUUAGAUGUACAAGAAAAAUUUACAAGAUUGCAAAUUGAGAAAGAAUAUAGCAGUAUAAGUGCACCACCCAACCUGCGGAAACCUGUUCGUUUAAAACCGGAGCCUUCACCAGUGAAAGACAGAAAAGAUGUCACUGUUGAAAAGUUGCUGGUAACACAUAAUAACUUGCUCAGACAGUUUGAGAAAGAAACAAAACAAAAUAACAAUAACCUAAAAAAGAUACGAAAAUUGGAGGAAGAAAACAAGAAACUACAAAAUAAUCUUUUCAAUGGCAACCAGCAAGUUGAUUUCUUAACAAAGCAAUUGUCAGACAAAGAGGAACAGCUACAAAUAGCAGUCUCACAAGUUAAAGAAAAAAGAAAAGAACCUGAUAAUUUAUCAAGCCUAAAAAAACAGAAUCAGAAACUUGAAUUCCAAAACAGAAAACUAAAAGAUGAGCUAAAAGGUUUAGACAAUAGUUUCUUUGAAGAAAUAGAAGAUUUGAAAUAUGCUCUUCAACAAUCAGCCAAACUCAACACAGAGUAUGAAAAAGCAAUUAAGCGUCUAUGUAAACAAUUUGGAGUGAAUUAUGAUUCAACAUUCGCAUUCUUACCAAAUAGAAAAAAAAGAACAAGUAGUACUAUGCGAAAGUAAUGUUGUUGUGUUUGAGUGGUUGACAAUUUUUUCGUCAGUAUGUUAAGUCCUUGAAAGUUUAUUCAUUGUCAAGUAUCUUGUUUAGAGUUUUGCUAGUUAUGUCUGUACUUUAGUCCAGAAAAAAAUAUUGUGCAGGGCUCUGGUCAACUAACCAGACAAUCAAAUCAAAAAAAUGCUUAUCAAGAACAAUACAACUUUAAAAUACCAGCUUUUCUAAUUCCAAGGCGAAUGUGUGUUAACAAAAAUUCUAUAUUCACAUUGUCAAAUAUUCAUGAAAAUGUUUUUGUUUUUUUUACGCUGAAUGUAAAUUUUACUAAAGUGUUGCUCUUAUUUGUUUUCUGAAUUUAACUAUUGUUUUUUGUGCAUCACAAAAUAUAAAUUACUGAAGUAAAAUACAAGUUUGUCAAUGUGAAACAGACAAAUGGCAAAUAAAUUGAAUUGAAUUAGAAGAUCUCCAUACUCCAUUAUUUACAAAAUAAUAGCUGCAUCCUGUAUUUUCUAUUAAAAAUAUCAGGACCAUGAAUGAACUCAUAUCUUAAUAAAUUAUGUGAGUAUGUUAGUGUAAUAAAUUAUAAUCAAGUAAGUGCUGGAACUUUGUAUGUAAGACAAAGCAUUUUCUUUAUCAAGUCUUAUCAAACUGAUAUAUUAUAAAGCAGACAGAGUAAUAAGAAUAAUGAAAAGCAUUUUACUUUCAGGUUAUUUUUCUUAUUUAAAGGUAUACAAGGUCUAUAUUACCAGUGCUUUGAAUUCGAAACUAAAAUCAAAUAAAAAACUACAAGUUCUGUGUUUGUUUACAUUGUAUAUGUGACAUGGUUUGCGAUUAUCAACCGUUUGGGUUUUAAGUUUAUUUGACAUAUUAACGGCGUUAAAAUAUGCGUUAUAACGCUGAGGUUUAUUAAUGUAAAAAAUGUAACGGCGUUAAAAUUUCUCUUGCUUCUUUAAACUGAUUAGCUGUUCAAUAGCAGCGUUAUAAGGUGUUAAUAACGGUGUUAUGCAUUUCUUGAAAAAUAUUAUUUGUUGUCUGUACAGCAACAGUGCAAAACCAUGUAGCACAAGCUCACAAACAUGAAUUGCCAAUCCAUGUUUAAUUUAUAUUUUUAUUAAAACGUUUGAAAUAUUUUUAACCUUUUUUUUUAAUUUUCAGUUUUCAAGUUAAAAAUAUUUUGUUUACAUUUAUAAUUUUUAUUUUAUUUUAUGAUGUUAAUUUUUAUGUUAAUAUGUAAGAUAUAAAUAUAUAUUAAAUAUAUAUUUAUAAUUUUAUAGUCUCUUGAUAUUAUGGCCA